AUGGCAAGCCUAGGCAAUGAAUUAGAUCUCCCGCGAUCUCCAGCAGCGUUCAGUUCCCAUGUCUUCCGGUGUUACUUUCCUGGCUGCAACGCCAGCUACCGGCGCAAGGAGCACCUGCACCGCCAUGAAAGAAAACACUCUCAGCAGCAGGCUUUUACAUGUUCCAAUUGUGGUCGAGAAUUCGGACGAAGUGACACACUUCGACGCCAUGUCCGCCAGCGUCAUGGAAUAAUUGAACCUCUCAAGCGUGCACAGCGAGCUUGUGAAAGCUGCCAUGCAGGAAAGUCUCGGUGCGAAGGGGGUAUGCCCUGUGAUGAGUGUCUACGUCGCAACAUUCGGUGCUCUUUCAACGACCCUGCUGGUACAGUAGAAAAUCAAUCUCCCGGAUCUGCGAUACAUCAUGCAUCGAGCCCAAAGCAUGACCAGCCACGGUUACAAAAUACAGAGAAGACGGAGCACUACAUCCAUCUUUAUUUUGAGGCUUUCCACCCCUCUUGGCCAUUCAUCCACAAAGGAUCAUUCGACAUACGCCAUGAAACGCCCUUUCUGAUUCAAUCAAUGGUUGUUAUAGGCCUAUGGGCUACUAGGGAACAGUCUGCGCAGUCGGUAGCAGUGGAACUCCAUAGUAAACUCGACUUGGCUCUUCGAGAUCAAAAGGAAAAAUGGGAUGCCUCGGAAGCAGCUGAAGCUUGUAAUGCCUGUGUCUGGCCAAUUGCGAUGUACCAGGCUAUACUACUACAUAUCAUCUUCUCUUUUCUUAUCAGCAGCCGGACUGCUGUUGAUUUCGACUUGAGGGUCUCUCUUCCCCCAGCUGAUUUGGGAUUACUCGAAGCUCUUGUCCGAAGUUGUCGAAGGCUAGGCAUGUUCUAUUAUUCGAACAUUCUUGGCAGGUAUAAAGAAGCUGACUUGGCUUCGUUCGUCUGGGUUGGCCUUGAGGAAAUCAAACAAUUUAAUAUAGCCUUGUACAAAGUUUGUGGGAAGGCAAGCAACUCUAAUAUAAAAGACGGAAGCCAUGGGGAUAUUACUGCAGUACAGUCUUUGCUAACUGCAAGUGAACUUCAGUUCCCCCUGCCAAGCAACUUUCCUUUAUGGAAUGCUGUUAGCAAAGAUGAAUGGAUGGCUGUUGGGUGGGACGAAAAGCUGGUUUCCUUAGAUGAUGACUGUCAGCAGAACUGGAUAUCAAAUUUUGCGGAAAUAUUAGAAUUCUUUCAGCUAUAG